GCAGAUGGCGGCACGUCGUGUUUCCGACGAUGAAGCCAGAGGCUAGAGGUUAGAUUCGUGCGGUGGUGACAACAACCGCGACAGUGCUUUUGCGUAUUUGCAGGCCUCGCACGUUCUGUCGUCCCGUCUUUCUGGUGGUGUCGGAGAGCCGCUCCCGGCCGGUGAUAAACGCAGUCGUUAACAGUCGAAAGAUGCUGAUCAAAGUGAAGACCCUCACGGGGAAGGAGAUUGAAAUAGAUAUAGAACCUACAGACAAGGUAGAGAGAAUUAAAGAGAGAGUGGAGGAGAAGGAGGGAAUACCACCGCAGCAACAGCGGCUAAUAUUUUCCGGCAAGCAGAUGAACGACGAGAAGACUGCGCAAGAUUACAAAGUCCAGGGCGGUUCGGUGUUGCACUUGGUACUUGCGUUGAGAGGAGGCUGCAGAUACAACAUUCCUCAUUUAUAAACGGCAGCGAGGAGAAUAAUUAAAGAAUUGCAAGGGCCACGGAAGGGGGAAAAAAAGGAAAAUGUUUAUCAUCAUGUACGUGCACUCAUGAGUGACAAACUCUAUGUUAUUUUUAAUAGAAUAACAUAGUCAUGUGAUCUUUAAAACCCUAAAUAAAUAUUUAAUAAAGUAAUUUAAUCAUGAAAA